AGGGUGAGACAGAGCAUCUGCGAGAGCAAGAGACAGAGCAGGGAAGGCAGAGGCAGCCAGAGCUACAGGCGGCCAGAGACUGAGAGGGGAGGACGGCCAGACAGAGCGUGGGAAGGGAAGGCUCAGGACAGGCAGAGCAGCGAGGGCAGACAGAGCACAGGCUGAGAAGGCCAGGGGGAGCAGGAAGACCCGUGCGGUGCCCAGGCAGGGCGGUACAUGGCCCGGGAUGGUGCCAGAGGGGAGCGCCGGCCCCUGCUGGGGCAGGAAGAGGCCCCGGCCGGGGGUUUAUGGGACGCCUUCGAGGGCCGGAAGGCGGCCUGUGCGGCCGUGCUGCUGGUGGAAAUCCUGGAGCGGGCAGCUUUCUUCGGCAUCGUCUCCAAUCUUGUCCUCUACCUCAAUAGCAGCAACUUCAAUUGGGGAGGGUCACAGGCCUCGCGGGCCUCCCUGCUCUUCCUGGGCGCCUCCUACCUGCUCUCGCCCGUCGGGGGCUGGCUGGCUGACGUCUACCUGGGCCGCUACUGGACCAUCACGCUAAGCUUCCUGCUCUACCUGGUGUCGGCCUGCCUGCUGCCCGCCACGGCCUCAUCGGACGGGCGACUCUUUCUGUGCGGGGACAUGCCGGCCUACUCGCUGCAGAAUACCUGUCAUUACCAGAGUGGGGAGUGCCAGCAGUCGGCACCCAGCCACUACUGCGCCCCUCUGAUGUACACCGGCCUGCUGCUGCUGGCACUGGGCAUCAGCUCCGUCAAGGCCAACCUCACCCCCUUUGGCGCCGACCAGGUGACGGACCGUGGCCGCAACGCCACACGGCGCUUCUUCAACUGGUUCUACUGGAGCAUUAACAUCGGGGCCGUGAUCUCGCUGCUCGUGGUGGCCUUCAUCCAGCAGAAUGUCAACUUCCUCAUCGGCUACACCAUCCCCGCGGCCUGCGUGGCCCUGGCCCUCCUCGUCUUCCUCCUGGCCGCCCCCACCUUCAUCACCAAGCCCCCUGCGGGCAGCCAGGUCUCUGCCAUGCUCAGGCUGGCCUUCCGGGGCAGCUGUGGCAGCCGAGCGCGCCGUAUCAGGCCAAGCUCUCUCCAAUCAGAAGCCCAGGGCGCGGAUCCUCUCCUUGACGGCAAAUCGCAGCCCCGGGCUCCUUCAUCCGAGGAGGAUCUUGCCAACUUCCAGGUGAUGGCCAAGAUCCUGCCGGUGCUACUGACCUUCAUUCCGUACUGGAUGGUCUACUUCCAGAUGCAGUCGACUUACUAUCUGCAAGGCCUGCACCUCUUCAUCCCCAACAUCUUCCAGCACAACAGGACAGGCAGCAGCGCGGGCAGCAGCUAUGCGUUCCCUGAUGCCUGGCUCCUGUUAGCCAAUGUGGUGGUCCUGCUGAUUCUGGUCCCGCUGAAGGAUCGAGUCAUUGACCCGUUCCUGGUGAGGCGGAAGCUGCUGCCCUCGGUGCUGAAGAGGAUGGCCCUGGGCAUGUUCUUUGGCCUCACCUCUAUCAUUGUGGCAGGCACCCUGGAGACCAAGAGGCUGCAGUAUGUGAAGAACAACCAGACCAUCUCACAGCGCAUUGGAGAGGACAUGUACACUGCCGCCACGCUGCCCAUCUGGUGGCAGAUUCCCCAGUACCUGCUCAUCGGCAUCAGCGAAAUCUUCGCCAGCAUUCCAGGGCUGGAAUUUGCCUACUCUGAGGCCCCCAAGUCCAUGCAGGGAGCCAUCAUGGGGCUCUUUUUCUUCAUUUCCGGCGUGGGCUCGCUCCUGGGCUCUGGGCUGUUGACUCUCCUCUCAAUGUCGGAGCAUGGCUGGAUGGACUGCCCCAAGGACUACGGGAACAUUAACAAUUGCCACAUGGACUAUUACUUCUUCCUCCUGGCUGGGAUCCAGACUGUGACCUGCAUGCUCUUCUUCUGGAUCUCUGGCCGCUACGAGAGGCAACAGCAGCCCAACUGCCACUCCUGCGUUGGCCACGAAGGGAACUGAGGGGACCCUGCCCCCCUCCAGCUGCCCCUUUCUGCUCAGUGACUUGCCCGGCUUGGGCUGGUGGAUGGAACUGCUCCCAAGCAGUGCAGCUGGGUCAGCAAACCUCCCUGGGGAAGGGGGAGGAGGGAUGCCCCUAGUAGGACACCAGGGACUCUCACCCAUAAGGCACCCACGGGAGGCAGGGACAGCCCCAAGGGGGAGGGGGAUGCCCUAAAGGGCAGAGCCCCCUCAUGGCUCACUUGGGGGCUUGCUCUUUCUCCUUGUCGGAGACCCUUGGGAAACGUUGUCCUGCCUCCUUGGCUACCCCCAGGCCCAGAAUUCCUAAGGAUUCCCUCUCUUGCCUGGGUUUUGCCAUCCAGCAGGGUCCUGACAUGGCCGAUCUCCUGGGACGGGCACCAGUAAGGGGUUAAAUCAACAGGCAGAAGGAACUUGAAUUGCCCAGGAGAGGGUGGAAGAUUUGCCCCAUCCUACACAAGGGAAAAAUCUCCUUCUCAGCCCGUACUAAUAUCAGGGCUCAACUGGGCAAAGGCUGGAUACAAUCUCAUAGAGUGGCAAACCUGCUGGCACCAUUGGUGGAUAGGACCUCAGAACUGCCAUGAUCCGUGUUACUCUGUGUAAUGCUAAAUGGGCUCUAAUGGGGAGAGGGCAGCGGUGGUGGGUUGUGCCUGGCUGUUCUCUGGGGGUUGGUCCAAGUGGAGGUGUUUGUAAAGAUGGAAUUUUAGAGCGUGGGGGCUUUAAUUUAUUCUGGGGGGAGAGGGAGUUAGAUAAAGGUGCUCCAAGCCACCAGCACCCGGUGGAAAAGACAGAGGGGUGAAUGCAAUGGCCCUUAAGUGCCCAGCCAGCAUCUAUUUACGAUUUUAUGACGCGUGAAAAUAAUGCAGGGAAAAGCACAGCAGAAUUCAAAGCAAAAAAGUGUUCCUGUAAAAAAACAACACUCCACUGGAAAGAGAUUUCUGUAAACGAACAAGACUUGCCCCUGGAGCCUUUGCAACCCAAACACUGCGGGAGAUUCUGAAACGGAAUGCACUGUUAUCAAGGAUGGGGAUUGCAGUUCAUGGCAAGGAUCCACUUCCGAACAGUCUAUAAGGGGUUGAUACGUGAUGGCUGGCUGUUCUAAGCAGCUUAAAAAUAUGACCAGUGUGUGCCAGAGCUGCUCAUGAGCACAUCAGCAGAAGGUACUAGAGCUGGUUAAGUGGCUAGUCAGAUUAUUAUGAGUAUUGCCGUGUGCCGUUGCAGAUGCAGAACAAGGUGCUGGUCCCUCCUCACCUCACCUAAGUCAAAGACAACAGACAGCUGGAGGAGCACCAGGAAACAAUGAGGCAAUAUUGCUCAGUGGUCUCAGUGCACCAGUUGGCAAGUUUGUGGUAGGCAUCCCGGCAGAGCAGAGUUUGAAAGGAGGAUAAUGCAGAUAGUUAUGAUGAGUAGCAGCCUGGGAGAGAGCACAAAGGUGCUUGUUUGAAAAUUGACCAAGUGGGCAAUUGCUGCUGGCACCACUGGCAGAGCGGCAUGGGACAGAAUGGACUAAUGAUCUAUAACAAAUUAAUAGGGCUGUCAAUUAAUUGCAGUUAACUCAAGCAAUUAACUCAAAACAAUUAACUCAAUUUAAAAAAUGUGAUUCAUCACAAUUUUAAUCACACUGUUAAUUGAAUACCCGUUGAAAUUAUAUUUUUGCAUGUUCUUCUACAUUUUCAAAUCUAUUGAUUUCAAUUACAACACAGAAUACAAAGUGUACAGUGCUCUCUUUAGAUUAUUUUUGAUUAUCUUUUUUACAGUGCAAAUAUUUUUAAACAAUAAGUAAUAUUUUUCAAUUCACCUCAUACAAGUACUGUCGUGCAAUCUCUUCAUGGUGAAAGUGCAGUUUUCAAAUAUAGAUUUUUUGUUACAUAACUGCACUCAAAACAGCUUAAAACUUUAGCGCCUGCAAGUCCACUCAGUCCUACUUCUUGUUCAGCCAAUCGCUAAGACAAACAAGUUUGUUUACAUUUAUGGGCAAUAAUGCUGCCCACUUCUUAUUUACAAUUAAAAUGAGAACAGAUGUUUGCAUGGCAUUUUUGUAGCCGGCAUUGCAAGGUAUUUAUGUGCCAGAUGUGCAAAACCAGUGGUUGGCAACCUAUGGCACAUGUGCCAAAGGCGGCAUGCAAGCUGAUUUUCAGUGGCACUCACACUGCUCGGGUCCUAACCACCGGUCCGGGGGGCUUUGCAUUUUAAUUUAAUUUUAAAUGAAGCUUUUUAAACAUUUUAAAAACCUUAUUUACUUUACAUAAAAUAAUAGUUUAAUUAUAUAUUAUAGACUUAUAGAAAGAGACCUUCUAAAAACGUUAAAAUGUAUUCCUGGCAUACGAAACCUUAAAUUAGAGUGAAUAAAUGAAGACUCAGCACACCACUUCUGAAAGGUUGCCGACCCCUGUGCUAAACAUUUGUAUGCCCCUUUGUGCUUUAGCCACCAUUCCAGAGGACAUGCUUCCAAGACUGAUUGGACUUGUAGGCUCUAAAGUGUUACAUUUUUUUAUUUUUGAGUGCAGUUAUGUAAAAAAAAUAAAUAACUCUACAUUUGUAAGUUGCACUUGCAAAGAGAUGGCACUACAGUACUUGUAUGAGGUGAAUUGAAAUACAAUUUCUUUUCUUUUUACUAUGCAGAUAUAUGUAACCAAAAAUAAUAAUCUAAAGUGAACAUUGUACACUUUGUAUUCUGUGUCUGGUGGCACCUUAAAGACUAACAGAUUUAUUUCAGCAUAAGCUUUCGUGGGUAAAAAACCCACUUCUUCGAUGCAUGGAGUAAAAAUGCAUCACACCAUGCAUUUGAAGAAGUGGGUUUUUUACCCACGAAAGCUUAUGCCCAAAUAAAUCUGUUAGUCUUUAAGGUGCCAUCAGACUCCUUGUUUUUGUGGAUACAGACUAACAGGGCUUCCCCCCGAUAUUUGUAUUCUGUGUUGUAAUUGAAAUCAAUAUAUUUGAAAAUGUAGAAAACAUCCAAAAAUAUUUAAAUAAACGUGAUUUAAAACUGUGAUUAAUCGUGAUUUUUUUAUCUCACAAUAAAUUUUUUUAUUCAUUUGCCAGCCCUACAAAUUAACCAUUUAUCCAAGUGUCUCAGCACUCAGCUCCAUUUGUAAAUGGAAACUUCAGAGCAAGGUUUAUAAAUCUCUCCCAUUUGGGAUCCCCCCAUAGAGGAAGGCCCAGGGAGGGAACCAUGCUGCUACUUUUCUUGACAAUGGAAAAUCUAAUUAUAAUCGAUCUGAUUGGCUGGGCUGUUAAAAAGGCUGAAGCUGCUGGCAGUGGGGAGGGGAGGCUGGGACAGCAGGGAGAGGGGAGCCCUGUGGCCUGGCCCGGGCCCUGAAGGAAACUUUCCCUUUUCGAUGAAGGCUGCUUUUAAAAAGGUCUGUUCUCACUGUGCGGCUGUGAAUCGAGUGCACGCAUAUUCCUGCUGACCUCACACGCAGCACGUUACUCUGUUCAUGGAGACACCUCUCACCUCUUCGAGCCUCCAGCAUGGGGCUGGUGUUAAGCCACCGUCAUGCUCCCUGCAUUCUUGGGCUGUGCCUGGCCCAGGGAUAGCUUAGAGCAGCCCCAGGGCUGCUCUGAUUUAUGAGCUGUUUCCUAUGGCAAGCAGGUAACAGUCACAGAGAAUGCAAUCCAGUCACGCCCCUGAUCCACCUCGUUUGCUGGGGGCUGGUAGCUAGGCUCUUCUCCCAAUUCUUUACCAGCUGGGAAGGCCCCUCAGUGCAGUGGGUAUUCUCAAGAGGCCAUCCCCCAUUCCCCUCUACAGUCCAUUGGAAGAAUGGCCUACACUGGCAGAUGGGGCCAGAGAAUGAGGCCGAGAGACUGGAGAAGUUUGAUAGCAGAGGGAGCCUGCAGCUGGUCAUCUCCUCCUUCCACCCAGGGGGUGCUCUGAGUACAAAGGCAGGGAGGGAUGGAACAGGUCCCCCCAUUCGCCCAGGGGCUGGGUAUUUGUUUUUAAAUACUUUAUUUUUGUAACAACAUAAGAAUUAAAAAUCUUCCAUAAA